UUCCUGCGGCCAGCUCGCGUCCCUUCCUGCCCGUUUUCCCCCGUUUUCCCCGUUUUUUUCCCCGUUUUUCCCCGUUUUUUACCAUUUUUCCGCUUUCUCCGUCCCGCGCGCCGUUCGAACCGGGCGGGGCCGCUCUGCGCAUGCGCGGCCCCGCCCCGUCCCGCAUUGGUUCCGUCCUCUCCCCCCCCCCGCGCUCCGCGAUGGUCUCGCCCGCCCUGUGUGUCACCCCGUCCGCGUCCCGCCCUCCCCGCGGCCCCUCCGCUUUGGUUCCGCCCCCGGCGCGGAGCCCCUCCGGUGAUGGCGGCGGCGGCGGCGGCGGCGGGCGGGGCGGGCCGCGGGCUCUGGGCGCGCCUGGGGGACACCCGGCUCGCCCUGUGGUUCCGCGCUCUCCUCCGUGAUUACUCCUCGUCGCUCCGUGACGCCGCCGGUGCCGCGCGCCGCCGCCCGUUGCUGAGCGCGGCCGCCGUGGCCGGCCUGGCCGUGACCGCCGGGCUGGCGCGCUCGGUACCGGACGGCGGCUCCCUGGAGAGCGCGGCCGUGGCGGCGGCGGCGGCGCUGAGCCCGAUCCCGCCGGGGUCCCGCAGCCCCCGCGCCGAGCGCCGCGUCCUGCGGCUGCUGCGGCUGCGGGAGCGCGGCCGCCUCCGCGUGCGGAGCCUCGGGCUGCUCUCGGUGGCCGCCGCCGAACCGGACGGCACCGACGCCGCGCUGUACCGGGCCCGGUGCCCGCACCUGCGGCCGCGGCCGUGGGAGCGCGGGGCGCUGCUGGACGUGGGGUUCGCGGGGCGCUGGUGGCUGCUGGAGGCGGCGCUGCGGGACCCCGACGUGAACGAGGAGGAGUUCGGGCACCUCCCGGGGCCGCUGCGCCGCCUGCGCCCCGCCGAGCUCCGCUCCGAGCGCAACGAGCGCCUGCACCGGGAGCGGCUGCGCGCCGUGGUGCUCAGCGAGGCCGACAUCGGCGGGGAGGAGCCCCUCGAAAUUCGGGGUUCAGCGUGAAACCGGCUCGGUUCGGGCCGGAGGAAUAAAGGAUUUACUGUGGCUUGCAGGGUGCUGAGUUCUGCCACAAUUUGUCCCUAAAAAACCUCAAAAAAGCCCCAAAAAACUCCAAGAAACCCCCCCCAAAAAUCCCAAAACAACCCCAAAACCACCCCAAAAAAACCCCAAAACCACCCCAAACCACAAGUGGCUGUGGCCGUGGUGCUCAGCAAGGCAGAGAUCGGAGAGGAGCUCCCGAAAAUUUGGGGUUUGGGCUGAAAUGGGAUCGGUUUGGGCUGAAGGAAUAAAGGAUUUGCUGUGGCUCAGAGACUGCUGAGUUCUGCCAGGAUUUGUCCCGAAAAAAACUCAAAAAAACCCCAAAAAACUCCAAGAAAACCCCCCCAAAAAAUCCCAAAACAACCGCAAAACCACUCCAAACAGGGAGUGGCUGUGGCCGUGGUGCUCAGCGAGGCGGAGAUCAGAGAGGAGCCCCCAAAAACUCGGGGUUUGGGCUGAAACCAGCUCAGUUUGGGCUGGAGGAAUAAAGGAUUUGCUGUGGCUC